ACACCAAAAAAUUCCCUCCUUCCCUCUCUCUUAGUCUUUCUCUCUCUAGGGUUUUUAGGGUUUGAGGGAAAAAUGGAUAGAUACCAAAAGGUGGAGAAGCCGAAGCCUGAAUCUCCUGUUAACGAGAAUGAGAUCCGUAUCACGUCUCAAGGCCUUGUUCGUAACUACCUCAGCUACGCUACAACUCUGCUUCAGGAGAGACAAGUGACAGAGAUUGUCUUAAAGGCAAUGGGUCAGGCAAUAAGCAAAACUGUGGCAAUUGCAGAAUUCUUAAAGAGAAGAGUUCCUCAUCUGCAUCAGGACACUGCCAUCAGCUCAAUCAGCAUAACUGAUACCUUCGAACCCAUUGAAGAGGGCCUUCAGAUUGUGGAGCAGACUCGCCACGUGUCCAUGAUUUCAAUUACUCUCUCGACUAAAGAGCUUAACCAGAGCUCUCCCGGGUAUCAAGGUCCAUCUAAUGUGGAUCAAACUAAACAGAAGUACAACAACUACAAGCCACAGCAGCAGCAACAUCAACCUCCUCGACAAGCACUUGGAGUUUAUAAUGCUGGUAACGUGGAUCAAACUAAACAGCAGUACAACAACUAUCAGCCACAGCAGCAAAAUCAACCUCCUAGACAAGCACGCGCCAUUUACAAUGCUGGUAAUGGAGAUACUAAUGGCCGAGGAAGAGGCCGUGGUCGAGGGAGGGGGCGAGGUUGGCACAGAGGUGGAUAUUCGAACUACCAGGAAAAUGAUGGCUAUAAUGGUGGCUAUUCUAAUUCAGGAGGCUAUAAUGGUGGAUAUCCUAAUUCAGGUGGCUAUAAUGGUGGCUAUUCUGGUGGGUAUUCUAAUUCAGGUGGCUAUGGUGGCGGAUAUUCCAAUUGGGGCCGAGGUGGUAGUCGUGGAGGUUGGGGUGGGGGCUAUCGUGGUGCUGGAUAUGGAAGGGGCAGAGGUAGAGGUGUAAGUGGGCGAGGCUAUGGUGGGCGUGGGCGUGGAGGAAUGGGUGGUCGUGUGACUCAGAGGGUUGGCGGCAACCAAGAAUAGUUGUUGGUGUUGGUCCUUGCUUGCUUGCUAUGGAGAAGUGCUUGCCUUUGUUUGAGUUGUUGCUAUGUUUGAAAAGUCCGGUUUGCAGCUGAUGGUUGUUUUGCCUAGUAUGUUUAUGAAGGGGGUAAGCUUUGUUUUCAGGUGUUAUUUCUUUUGUGUAAAUGCCCAACAGCAAGCAACCAAUUUCUGACUCGCUAUAUAAUUUUUUGUUUUCGUUUCC